CCACAUACGACACUUUUAGCAACCGAUUUCCAACCCUCAUUCGAACCACAUCCGAAACCCAAAAUUCUCAGCGCACGUUUCGGUCAGCGUUUUUGUUUCUAUAAACCCGAGUUUACCCGUAUCGCAAUCCCGAUUGAGAGGAGACCAUGUCAAAGGCGCAGCAUCUAAUGGCCAGGGACCAAUUGGCGGCCAUUGCCCAGGAGGAGGCGCGUCGCAAACGCGCCGAGAUGCGUCGUAGUUAUGGCAACAAGUUCUCAAGCAUAAAUCUGAUCAAGAUGCGGCAGAAGCAGGGUACCAGUGGCGAUACGGUCGGCGCCAAAGCUGCGAUAACGAAACCUCCCCCUUUGGAAACGAAAACCGUCUCGUCGCCGCCACCGCCGUCGCUGCCCAAGGAUAAGGAUAAGUCAUUGCGUCGAAUUGCCUCGAGUUUUGCCCACGUUCGGGACUUGGUCAAUGGCAGUUGUGCCGCCUUGCCGCUGGAGGAUAGCGAUGAAGAUGCUCGUGAGGAGCGUGCCGAGGUGCUUAUCAACAGUCAGACAAUGCCAUUGCCACCAUUAUGUGACUCUUUGAUGUCCGUUGACCCCCCCGAGGAACCCGUUGUGCCUGUGGAGCCACCAAGCGAAACCGUUUCCCAGCUGGGUACCGUUCAGCUGGCCAAACUAAUGCCCGAUCCCUUGCACAUUGAAUCCCGGGCCAUCGAACGUUGGCGACAGGUGGGCAGUACGGUCUCGGCACUUUUCCGUGCUCGACGCUACGUCGACGGUUCGGAGACCCCGGUGGCGCAGAUCCGACGAUUGCGAGAGCAGCGCGAACUCCUCGAGGCCUUCACCAGACCCUUCCUCUACGAGUCCUACAAAAAGUAGUUAAAGAACCCACUGACCCACUUCUGAGCCAUCCCAAAUCCAUUGAAAUUCAAACAAAUCAGCUCAUAUGUUGUCAAUUA